AUGGCAGUUUGGGAAAGAGUUAAAGCGAACAAAGGUACCUAUGGGGUUGAUGAAGAAUCAAUUGAAGAUUUUGCAUUAAACCUAAAGGAUAACCUUUAUAAGUUAUGGAACCGGAUGUCAUCUGGUACGUAUUUUCCUCCACCUGUAAAGGCGGUAGAAAUAGCAAAAUCAGAUGGUAGCAAACGCUUGUUAGGUAUUCCAACUGUGGCACAUAGAAUUGCACAAGCAGUGGUUAAAGACCAGCUUGAGCAAUUAGUGGAGCCAAAAUUUCAUGAAGAUUCUUAUGGGUAUCGUCCUAGGAAAUCGGCAUUGGAUGCAGUUGGAGUAGCAAGGCAGCGAUGUUGGCGGCAAGAUUGGUGUAUUGAUCUGGACAUCAAGAAUUUCUUCGAUAGUUUGGAUCAUCAAUUAAUGAUGAAAGCCAUAAGAUUCCAUAGCGAAGAAAAGUGGAUCCAUUUUUAUGUGGAGCGGUGGCUUCAAGCCCCUUCACAAUUGGAGAGUGGAGAACUGAUAGAAAGGAAGUCUGGUACUCCUCAGGGAGGAGUAGCGAGUCCUUUGUUGGCAAACAUUUUCAUGCAUCAUGCAUUUGAUGAUUGGAUGAGAAGGAACUAUCCAGAAGUAAGGUUUGAACGUUUUACAGAUGAUAUUUUAGCACAUUGUAGUUCACAAAAGCAGGCUAAGAAAGUACUGGGGGAGAUUAAGAUCAGACUAAAAGAGUGUGGUCUUGAACUACAUCCAGAAAAGACGAAAAUAGUGUAUUGUAAAGAUGAUGAUCGGGGAGGCUCUUUUGAGCAUGAAAGCUUUGAUUUUCUUGGCUAUACAUUUAGACCACGAUUGUCAAUGAAUAAAUAUGAUAAAACUUUUGUUAACUUUACACCUGCAAUUAGUAAGGAAGCUGCAAACCGUAUCAGAAAGGAGAUAAGGAGUUGA